CGCACAUGUGCGAUAGGAUCAAGGAAUGGUGGGCGCGACAUAAAGGUGAAAAGUACUCAGGCACCACCAAUCAUUGCGCCGACAUGGUUGAACGAGCCCUGAUCUAUGGCAUUGAUAAUGGAAACAACAAAGACUUACGUGCCUUUGAGAAAGAAAAAAGUGCCUGGCUAGGUCGCAUUACCCAGCACUCGAGACCUUACUACGUCUAUUUUUGGGAGCCAGGCAGACAUGGUGUCGGUCACUGUUCCCUUAUGCUAAACGACGAGUUUUACAUUAGCUUCUGGCCUAAGGAUGAGUACGGGAAGGCCGAGUACCUGAGCUCAGCCAGCGUAGAAUCAACCACCAAUACAUACGCGGGUGACUGUAAGGCUGAGGGUGGAAAUCCCGACAUUACAUUAGAAAUAAAUCUGACCAAGGACAUGUGCGAUAGGAUCAAGGAAUGGUGGGCGCGACAUAAAGGUGAAAUGUACUUGGGCACCACCAAUCAUUGCGCCGACAUGGUCGAAAGAGCACUUACCUACGGCAUUGGUAAUGGACAUAACCGGUUCUUCCCGGUAGACAAACACGGGUUGACUCGACUCCCAGACCAAUGA